AUGGCAGCUCAAGCUCAAGCUCAGUACAUUGCGAUGCAUCACCAGCACCAUCCUAAGGGACAUCAAUCUUCCUCUGUCAUUGUCAGGCACAUCAAGGCUCCUGUCGAUAUCGUUUGGUCGUUUGUGAGGAGGUUUGAUGUGCCACAAAACUACAAGCCUUUCAUUAGAGAAUGUGAAAGUAAUGAAAUUUUCAAGGUCGGGAGUGUAAGGCAUAUCUCUAUGAGGACAGGCCUUCCAGCCACAUCCAGUGUUGAAAUGCUAUCUCGUUUUGAUGAGGAAGAACACAUCCUUGGAAUCAAGAUCAUUGGUGGUGAUCAUAGGCUCAGGAACUACUCUUCGAUUCUGACUAUGCAUCCUGAGGAAAUUGAUGGACAAGAUGGGACAAUGUUGAUUGAAUCAUUUAUUGUUGAUGUUCCUGAAGGAAACAGUAAUGAUGAGACUUGUUGCUUUGUGAGGGCACUGAUAAACUGUAACAUGAAGUCUUUGAUGUUACUUUCUGAGAAGAUGGUUAUCAGAGUACAAGAAGCUGCUGCUGCUGCUGCUGCCGCCGCCGCUGCUGGAGAAGUGGUGGUGGAGGAUGCUGCCGCUGCUAGAGAAGUAGUGAUGGAGGAAGCUAAUGGAGUUUAA